AUGGGGGUCCCGUCCAAGCGUGCUUUCCACCCAGAAACGAGACACGAUGAGACACUUCAGGUGAACUACCUUUCCACUGCGCUGCUGGCUACCUUACAAGAGCGCAUCAACCCGCUCCGACCCGCAUCAGCUUGGGCAAAGUUCCCACUUGGCAAAAAGAUCCCCAUUCUUGGGGCGGUUGACAAGUCGGAGGAGAACGUGGACUUGAUGAAUGCUUACCUCGAAGCUUCUCGGUCAGUUCUUCUUGCGGGAGCUGGCAAACGAGUGCCCGUCAAGAUUGCGGUCAUCAAUGGGGCGUCGCCUGGCAUGGUGAGUGACUCCGAGUUUGACCGCGAGUUUAAGAAGACGACUACGGGGGCAAUAAUGCAGAGGAUCAAGAUGUGGGUGGGAAAUAGCUCGGCUGUGGCGGUGAGAAUGAUCACGUAUGCGGCAGCGGGGUGUGGGGAGGACACGCAUGGGGAGUUUUUGUCCUUUCAGAAGGUGGUACCGCAAGUCUUUUCCAGCGUUUCAUAA